AUGUCCAUGUGCAGCUCGACCAAAUCAGGGAGGAAGUCUUCGGUGCUGGGCACCACGCGGGACAUCUGGCGGAGGGACGGCGUGCGCGGGUUCCUGCACGGCAACCUGAGCGCGUGCGUGCGGACUGCCGUUUACAGCGGCGUCAAGCUGGCCACCUGGACCAGCCUGCGCCUCUUCCUCGAAGACACCACCGGCCAGGUAUAA